AUGGAGGAGCAGAGUGUGGAGCUGCGGGAACAGCGCGUCAUCGAGCUGGGCGCAGGGACGGGAGUGGUCGGUAUUCUGGACGCUCGACUCGAAAAGGAAAGCCUGUUUGUUACGCUGGAGAGUUUCAGAGAAAGGGACACAACCCGUCCGCUGCCCGUCUCUCCCUGUGCUACAAUCCAGCCGACAAAACAACAGAUCCCUAUCUGCAUGGAGCGUCUGCUCGCCAUCACGCCCUGCACCACCCACGCGAGUGCCAGACACAGUGUAGAUCAAUGCUAUCAUAACAGACAUCAGGCAACCCAUUCUCCAUUUUACUAUGGAGCGCAGCAGGAUCAAGGCAGGGAGUCCGGUUACUGGACUGUCCCAGGAUCAAGGACAGGAGGGGGUCUACAGGACUACACCAACUGGACGGACCCAGAUCUAUCUGCCCCAACUUCUUCCCACUUCCCUUUUAUUCUGGAUCGUCAUACCCGGCAGCACCAGGGUCCGGGAGAGUAUCACCAACAUGAAGCCAGAAGCAGAGAGUGGACAGCAGCUCAACGAGCGGCGAGGGAAUACGAGGGGGGGUUUCUGAGGGAGGGAUGGCAGAGGAGGUGGGAGCCCUCUAAUCCUGUUCGCUACAACAGGGAAGUGUCCACUAAGAGGAGCAACAGCAGCUACCGUGAGCUAGAGGCCUGGGCAGCUCGGUACAGCCAUUCACUCCCGAGGAGGAGACACAGAGAGGCAGAAUUGAGGGGCACCUCCCAUGUCCUGUUGGAGAGCAGCAGGGCUCCAGAGAGGAGGAGUGGGACAGAUCCUCAGGUGGCAGUGCUGCAACAAGUCAGACAAUCUGCCGGCAUCAGGGAAUCCGGAGCGUGGGACAGAGGAGGCCGACAACUAACUCCGACCUAUUAUCCACCACAAGCGCCUGCCCCUGACACAAGCCAUGUGUUGGACAGUAAAGAGAAGGCAGCCUACCAAAGAAGGAUGUUUAGCCAACCUCCUGGAUAUAUUGCUCCUCCUCCCUAUAACAGCCCUCAUAAAAGUUCACCUGUUAUCCACCACUGUGACACCGGCUAUGGGCAGGAAGGGAAGCAACAACACUACUGGUCACAGCCCACUCUCAGAAAGCAGGAUGCAUGUGUAGAUGUUCAGGAUAAGAGGAGGGUAGGGAAGGAGGACUUUAAAAAACCAGAUGUGAAUGAAAUCUGUGCAGAGCUGGAAGGACUUGGGCACAGAGGACCAGGACCAGAUGCUGUCCAGAGUACACACAUGCAACUUGAAUGUAUGCCAUCUCUGCAGCAUCCACAAUUGAUACAAGCCAUUCAGGACAAAAAGACAAAUGAGCAAACAUCCUCAAAGGUCAUUGAAGGAAGAAAGUUCAGAUUAAAUCAAAAGACCGGCGGGUUGACCAUAUUCUGCCUGGUUUCAAGAAUUGCUAGCGCCACAGAAACUCCAUCUCUGCCACUUUGCACUUCCCAAGCAAACAUUCAAAGCACAAGAUUUGGAGAAAGUUUGAACGAUCCAAGGGACAAUGGUGAUUUUUAUCAAACACAAAAGCUUGCAGAUGAAGUAGACUUCAGAGUUCCAACACUCACAGAGCAGUCAAAUACUUCUGGUGGGAGAAAUGUCCAAGACAAACAUAAGACGACAUCUACCUGCAUUGAAAGUGAGAUGUUUAGCGAUAAUCUAUCAAAGAAAAUAGAGACAGGAGAAAACGAUGCAAAUUCCAUAUUUGGGAGACAGGUUACUCAGCCAGUGCACCCUGUGUCCGUUAAAUAUCCUCUGUGGAGGGAGCCAAGUUUCACCAGCAGGGUUGAAACCGAAAGUUCUUCGUCAGUUUUAAAGGCAAACAGUGAGGAAGUAGAAUCAGAUGAUUCAUACAACCUAGGAGAGUGUGCUCCAGGUCAUCCAAUCAAUGUCGAGGUAAGAAGACUAGACAUCCAGGAAGACACCCAGUCUGAGGACAGUAAGGGUCUACUCGUCAUCGACACAUCGUGCGUCGUUGUCAAAAUGGAGCUCAUUCCAUCACCGAAGAAAGAUCAUGUUCUCUAUUUAGGCUCCACAAGACACGCUGAAGACAGCCCGCUCGAUGGUCAGUCGAGCACCUCCAAUGAGUCAAAUGCUCAGCUGAAUCAGGAUGUGCUUCCAAACCCCUUGCAGAUAAAUGACAGGGCUGAGAUUGAACUAGAGUCAGAUUCUGAGGAGAAAAAGGAACCUGAUGGAGGAGGUGACACCUCUGUGUCUUCAUCUUCCAUUUCUGAAAGGGAAACCUUGCAGGGGCGUGCUGUAAGGAUCCUAGGUAUCCCUCUACAUGACUGCAUUACUGAGGAACAACAAGAUGCUACAUCUCUCCUUGACUCGUGUGUUGAGAAGUGUGAUGAGGAGGUUGAACCUUCUCCAGCAACAAAUGACAUUCAUGGUGCAACUGAACAACUCCUACAGGACACAAAAGAUGAGGAACGGUCCCAGGAUAACCUACAAAUGGAUCAGAUGGAGGAUACUGUUCAUUUGAAAGGGAGUGAUGAAGAGGAUCAGGUGCAAAAUGAAGAUGGGAAGCACUUUGCAGGACUUCAAGAGAAGGUGUCUGAUAUGUCUGAGGAGAGGGACACUGAGUCCCAACUUGAAACUGUCAUCAAAAAGUCACAGGAAGCUGAAAUGGCUGAGGACCGUCUGUUUGAACAAACUCAUGAAGAUGGUACCACUGAGCAGAGUGAGGCAGGAAAUCCACUGGUUGAAAAUGACCCGUCUCAAUAUCUCUCUCAGUGUUUCAGUCCAUGCCUAGAUCUUCCUAACUCUUGUUUGCUUUCACACCCAAACCCAACUUCUCUCUCAUAUAUCUCACAGUCAUCCACAGAGGAAGGUCUCAAUCCUCAGUUGGCUGGAUUCGAUACCUCUGAAAACCUUGUUCCUCAUCCCGAAACCUCAUCCCUUUCUGAUGGACCAUUACAGCCAUCUCCUCUCCCCCCUGCAUCUACCAAACCUUCUCCAAGCCCCACUCCCCGUAAAUGUGAUUCCCCAAUUCCUGCUCCUCCUGAUGAGGAUCAGGAUGAGGAGGGUGACACAUCACAGAAAGUAAACGAUGAGAUGAGUGACCCUGAAGAGCUUAGGGGCCAGCAACAACUUGAAUAUGAGCAACCACAGAAUGCUCCUUGUAUAGAAGAGAGCAACAGCACUGAUGAGCAACAAGCAAAAGAAGCCAAUAGGGAAAAUACAGACACUUUGGAACAGGGUCUUGAAAUAUCCAGACAAAAUGCUACAGAGGUCAACAUUUUGCAGCAAGAAUCUUUACGUGUAGAAGCAGAAGAAUGUGUUUGUAUUACAGAAAGUCAUGUGACUGAAGAGCAACAACAAGAAAAAGCCAGUGAGGAUCCAGCUGACAUUUUGGAAAUGACAAUAACGCAAGAAAACAUGACAGCCAGUCAAAGUCAAGUGGAAGUUGAAAUUUUGUUGCAACAAUUCGAUAGUGUUGGUCAAGAGGUUGCUUCCAAUGGAACAGAGAGUUAUUCGACUGCAGAGCAACCACUAAAAGAUCACGGUGAAGAUGCAGAUCUCUCAGUACAGACAUCGGAAAUACUCCAAGACAAUAUGACUGAGGGUGAAACUCAAGUAGAAGAGAAAAUUGUGCAGCAACAAUGUACAAACGUUUCUUGUGUGAUGAGUCCGAUGACAGUAGAGACAUUACAUAUAGAUGUGGAUGAGGAACCAUCAAUAUCCCAAGAAAAUGCUACAGAUGAUCAGACUCAAGCAGAAAUUGAAAUGUUGCAUGAUGUUGAACAGGGAACUGAACCUUCAGACUGCAAGGGGUCUCAGUCACCUCCCGAUGUGCUCUCACCCUCGGAGCUUCCACCUGCAACACAUGCAUCACACCAGUCAAACACAGAACCUGAGCCCCCUCUGGAACGGGAAUCAGCUCUAAAUCCUGUUACUGCUGAUGUUGGCAUCCCUGUAACUGUUUCACCUCCUCUUCAGUUGGACUCGUGUGAGGAAUCCCCUCAGCUUCCAUCUUCCUCUGUCGAUGAAUCGUCCCAGAAUCAGGCUUCCCUCUCUUUUCCCCCCCCUCAAGAUGGAGGUGAAGAUGUUUCAUUUGACCAACCCAACAAAGCGCUCCAAUAUCCCAAGUCCCUGUGGGAUGCGGUAAAUCGUAUUCGGAAACAUACGGCCCCUGACUCUGAGAAUGAAGAGGAGGAAGUAAACGAGCAUUGGGAUCCAGAGAGCACAGAGGGAGAUUUAUGUUGCCUAGAUAUGGUGUUUGACAUGAACUCUGGGAUGAUCAUCUUUGAUAAUGUUUCAACAGGAAGUUUUGAGGACAUAGAGCAGGACCCACGUCAUGAAGAGUCAAGCAUGCGCGCUGAAGAAGACACACUUUCCUGCAGCAGCAACAGCUCUGGAGAUACGAUUAUUGUAGCAGAUGAGGAUGAAAUUGAGGAAAUGCCACCUGAUGCCGUGACAGAAAGCAAGACAGAGAGUGACAAAGAGUUUCCCAUGGCUGAAGGAGAGCGAUGCUUCUCUAGUGAAGUAAAAGAUGAGACUGCAGAGGAUGACGAGGGAGAGGAAGAGCCCAUCAAGGGAGACAAAACAGAAUUGUGUCUGAGUGGGGAACGCACUGCUGAGGUGGACAAUAUAACAGUUAAAGCCAGAAAAAAGUAGACAAGGAGGGUUCCCCCCCUCCCCCUCAGAACUCACACAGGCCGACACUGUACAGAUGUAGUGUAGCAAAGUGAGCUAGUAAUACAAGCCAAGAAAAAAUGAAAGUUGCUCGUUGUGUUUAACAAGAUUUUUUUUAAUAAAAGUCGUUAAAUAAAAGGCAUUUAUCUACUUUUUUAAUGAAAAGUAUUUUUUCAAUGUAAUGUCAUGUUUUUUAUAUAUAUUUGCUUAUCUGUGAUGCAUUCAACAUGAUAGAAAUGUGGGGAUUUGACAGAGGAGAAAUAUUCACAACCAACUCUAUAAAAUUUGUCCUGAAUCCCAAGUGGUUUUGUUUAAAAAAUCUAAGUAAGUGUUUAUGUGCCAUUGCUAAUGUUAUGUAAAUGCAGUCAUGAGAAUAUGAGAAUAUGAAAAUUAAUACAAUAAAAUAUUGAAAUAUUUGCAGUGAUCUUAUAAUGUGGUGACAAAUCUGGCAAAAACAACCAUUGUUAUAUAUUUAAAGUAAAU